CAAAAUAUUUGACCUUUUUUCAAGACUGAGACUGACACACCAUACCAUUACGAUCGGCUGCUUUGUCCCUCUUGUAUUCAUUCCACCCUCUGCCCUCUGCUCUGCUUUUUCCAUUCCCUCUCUCUCUCUCUCUCUCUCUCUCUCUCUAUAAAGCACACACCCCACACUUUCACUGGACACCAUUUUCUCACUCUUUCAACUCUUCACCUUUCUCUGUUUCUCUCUGCAUUUCUCAAACCCAAAUGGACAAGGCACAAACCGAACCAUGGCGACCCGACCCACUUCACAUGUUCCGGCCACCGGAGACACCGCGUGAGUCGAUGGAGUUCCUCUCUCGUUCAUGGAGCGUCUCAGCUAUGGAGGUCUCCAAGGCUCUGUCUCCAGCAACUUCCAAAGCGGCACCAAAUGUCACCGGCGGCGUUUCGAUACAGGAGGACGUAGCCGGCGAAGUUGAAGAAGCUGCCACUGUUUCCGGACACCCUUUUUCCUUUGCUUCCUCUGAGACCUCUCAGAUGGUCAUGGAACGCAUCCUGUCACAAUCUGAGGUAUCUUCUCCACGAACCUCAGGGAGGCUCUCUCACAGUAGUGGCCCUCUGAACGGAAAUCAAAGCUGUGGUUCCGAUAGCCCCCCUGUUUCACCCUCUGAAAUCGAUGAUAUCAAGUUUUGCCGUGUCAACAACAGCAGCAGCGGUAAUUUCAGGGCUGCCGUGGCCGCUGCUGCGGGGCCUGGUGGUGUCGGCGGCAGCAAGACGGUAGGGAGGUGGCUCAAGGAUAGGAAGGAGAAGAAGAAAGAGGAAACCAGGGCCCACAAUGCUCAGCUCCAUGCGGCUGUUUCAGUUGCCGGUCUUGCCGCUGCGGUUGCGGCUAUCGCUGCUGCCACGGCUGCCUCGUCGGCGUCCACCAAGGAUGAGCAUAUGGCGAAGACCGAUAUGGCGGUGGCUUCUGCGGCAACCCUUGUGGCGGCCCAGUGUGUGGAGGCAGCAGAGGCCUUAGGGGUGGAGCGUGAGCACCUCGCCUCGGUGGUCAGCUCCGCCGUCAAUGUUAGAUCAGCCGGUGAUAUCAUGACUUUAACUGCAGCAGCAGCUACAGCUUUGCGUGGGGCUGCAACAUUAAAAGCUAGGGCCUUGAAGGAUGUUUGGAAUAUUGCAGCUGUUAUUCCUGUGGAGAAGAAUUUAGGGGGUGGUGGUAGUGGGAAUAGUGGUAGCAAUGGAAGUUCUAAUAGUAGUUUCAGUGGUGAGCUUCCCCUAGAGGAGAAUUUCUUGGGUAUUUGUAGUAGAGAAUUGCUAGCCAGAGGUGGUGAUCUUCUCAAGCGCACACGCAAAGGUGAUCUUCAUUGGAAAGUUGUAUCUGUGUAUAUAAACAAAAUGAAUCAGGUUACUGUGAAAAUGAAGAGCAAGCAUGUUGCUGGGACCUUCACCAAAAAGAAAAAGAAUGUGGUGAUUGAAGUGAUCAAAGAUAUGCCUGCCUGGCCCGGCCGCCACUUGCUGGAAGGCGGUGAGAAUCGUCGCUACUUUGGGCUUAAAACUGUGACGCGCGGUGUUGUUGAGUUUGAGUGCGUAAAUCAGAGGGAGUAUGAUGUUUGGACUCAGGGCGUGACUCGGCUUCUUUCCAUUGCUGCAGAAAAGAACAACAGAAACAGAAUAUGAGCUUCUGUUAGAUUGUGAAGUAGAAACACGUUUUGGCAAUAGGGAAAAUAUAGGAUCAAUGGUGCUCUCUACACUGUGGAUCUUUUUGACACAUGGUGGGGUUUUGGUCAUUGUAAAAAGGGUAAACUAAAGGCAAAGUUAUGUCAGAUGGGGGUGACUUUAACCUAGGGGAAAAUGUAUAUGGGGAUUUGAAUGAUGUAAUUUUUUGAAUGCUAAGUGAUUGAACCAAAGUGAGCCAUGAUCCUUUUGUUCUUUUCACUGUUUUGGAAAGGAAAUGAGUACCUAGGACUGGGGGGCCAGUCAAAAAAGAAUUGGAAAGAAUCAUGUUGGAGGGGAUGCAUAAAUUUGAAGACAAAUAAACCCUGUUAUUCUAUUUGUGUUGUGUGUACAUUUAGGUUUUGAGCUUGUAAAAAAGUGGUCAAAAGUGUAGAUUUUCAUGUGAUUUAGAAUAAACAAUUAGGAGGUUAGGCUCCCCAUUGGAUC